ACGAUACCGGUACAGCUGUACCGGUACCGUCUGGUGGCCACUAUGGUAACUGUACUGUACCGGUACGGGCCGUUGCGACCUUUACCGUACUACCGGUAGCUAGUUAGUACUGGUACCACCACCGCCGAUUCCUACAUCUCUGCAUUCGAAUGAUUCGAUUCCAUGCUGACGUACGAAGCUGAAGCUCGAAGCUCUCAUCCGUCCAUCAACUCGAGAAGCCACUCCAUCCAGGCAGAGGGCAAUCAAUCUUCCAACCUGGAACUAUCUUGGAUGCUUGUGAACAUAUCCAAGCCAUCUCUUCCCAGUAUCGAAAGGGACACAUAGGAGGAAACCUCUUUAUUGAUUGUUAGAAUCACAACCACUGCAGCAAAAUGCGUCUUUUGGCUAUCUCUUGUGCCUUCCUGCUUUCUCUCCACAAUGUAGAUUGCUUCACAGCCACCCCGCCGGCUCCUGGUUCAACCAAGACAGGAGGAUUUGCAUCGUCCACAGAGCUUUUUAUGGGCAAGAGUAGAAAAGCUCGUCGACAGCAAAAAGUAGAAAAACAGGGAAAGUCAAGACCGCAGCAAUUCUUUGAAGCCAUCGAAGACGCUGCCGACACGAAGAAAGAAACUGACAAAAAUGCUACUGCCGCUUCUGCUGAUCCUGCCGAGGGUGAACGAGAGGCUAGAAUGGCAGAAGCUCAGAGGCGAAUGGAUGAGCGGCCAGAUGUUUCAACCCUGAUCGUUGACGACGAAACAGGAAUCGAAAUUGUGGCCCAGGGAAAGGCUGUCAUGGAUGUUGUGACUCGCAAGGCUGUAAAGCUGAGCGACCUCGGUCCAGAAUAUCGACUUGCUCAAAUGUUCCCAGGAGUACCACCAGAUAUCCGCGACGAAUUGCGCAUGGAUUGGAAAACUGUCGAGGUGCCACAAAUGGUAGAGAUACUCCGCGAGGCGUGCUCUGUGGCACUGGAUGACGGAAGUGUCGGUAUUCCAAAGCAUCCAUCGGUGGCAAACAAAGCAAUCGACUUUGUACUCGCAAAUCGCGACUAUCUUGGAUAUAACAUGAAAAGAACCCUUGGACGUCUCGAGAUGAGGAGCAUGUGGAAGGGCAACGUAGAAGAAGCACGUGAGAACCGCGCGCUUUGGAGAAACUUCCUGACUCUAGAGAAUCAUAUUUCUGCUCCAUUUCGCCAGAUUAUGUUGGAUGGGGAAGGCCGAGUAGGCCCAAAUUUUGGAAACCUGGAUCUCACGUCGUUCUGCAGUGGGGAGCUCUACGAAAGAGUGGCUAACUACCUAGUCUUGAAAGGCAUGGUAGCCCAUUGGGAAAAGAAGGUCAAGGAUGCCAACUACGUUGAAAACACUCCUCAGACUGAAGCUAACUUCAUGACAGUGCUGUCAACCGGUGAUCCUAGGAGGUACCUACCCGACCCACCAAUCCUUUACACUCUUAAAGAAUGUACUCAAGUUUGCCUGAUGGCGCAGCAGAUGUGCAAAGCAUUUGUGGACACUGAAGAACUCUUUGCGGACUUUCCACCAGAGCUUCGAUUCUUGGAGAAGGCCUUGACCAUUCAAGGUGGAUCUGCACUGCGCAAGUUCAUGAUUGAAGAUUUUUGUCCCGCUGAAGGAAUCACACAAGCGGCCUUGUGUGAAGGCAUGAGGAGGUUGUACGAGCAACUUAGCAACAUGCAAAUAGACCCAUACGGCGAUCUAACGAACAUUAUUGAGAGACUUAUGAAAGCCAUGGAGGUUGGAACAGAUGGCGCUCGAGAUCCUUAUGCAGUCUACUUGGCGAAUAUAGAUCAAGAAGGACCUGGUUUCUUUCAGACGUACACUUUCAAUCAUGACCAGUUGUCGCUGGUGCGAUUCUUGGAUCAGCAGUAUGAGCGUGAUGGCGCCGGUGGCGGUGUCGUGGCUUCCCAGCCGUCCUCCAUGGGUUUGCAAAGCUUGUUCGGGUUCGCUGAGAUGCCACCGCCACAGCCCAAGAUGUCCGAUGACGAAACUCCAAGGGAUACCGGCGACGUUUAUCGAGUACCUGAAGCACGGGCUUGUCGUCGCCCACACGAACUGGGCUGGCUCGAGAUGUUAGAUGGAGAUCAAGACCCGAACGAGAGGUUGGGAAAGAUUCCCCCAGGGCAAAUCAUUCAAGAAGCUUGAGACCUAAGUAGGACAGUCUUUUAGGCAAACUUCCAGGUGGCAGCAAGCCCCUCCCCAAAUAGUAGGAUUCACAUUUUGUAGUUCCACGUUCCGCAUCCAUAACUUGUUCGCCUUGGAUAACAUCUGCUUGCAU